AUGGGGGUUCCAAUGGCAGGUCGAGUGGUGGUGGAUUCGCUAAGUGAGAGAGCAGCUAUGAUGAGAGAGUCACUGCAGAAGAGCCAGUCAGGCACAGACAACAUGGUCUCCAUUCUUGGCUCCUUUGAUCACCGUCUCUCUGCUCUCGAGACCGCCAUGCGCCCCACUCAGAUUAGAACACAUGCUAUUCGCAAGGCUCAUGAGAACAUAGAUAAGACUUUGAAGGCUGCAGAGGUUAUAUUGGCUCAGUUUGAUGUUUCUCAGCAGGCUGAGGCUAAAAUACUAAAAGGGCCACGUGAGGAUCUGGAAAGUUAUCUUGAAGCAAUUGAGCAGCUAAGAAGCAACAUUCGAUUUUUCAACAACAACAAAAGCUUUAAGAGUAGUGAUGGGGCGGUCAACCAUGCAAAUAACUUACUUGCUAAGGCUAUUUCGAAGCUGGAAGAGGAGUUUAAGCAGCUCCUAUCAUCUUACAGCAAACCUGUGGAGCCUGAUCGUCUUUUUGAGUGCCUUCCCAAUUCACUGAGACCAUCUUCUGGAUCGCCUGGACACCCAGGUGAAUCUGGUGGCAAGAAUCCUUUAUCCAAUAGUCAUUCUGAGCACCAAAAAAAUGGCUUGGAAAAUGCUGUUUACACCCCGCCAACUCUCAUACCACCGCGGAUUCUGCCGUUGCUGCAUGAUUUAGCCCAACAAAUGAUUCAAGCUGGCAACCAGCAGCAGUUGCUGAAAAUAUACAGGGAUACUCGUUCUUCAGUUUUGGAGGAAAGCCUCCGCAAAUUAGGAGUGGAAAAACUUAGCAAAGAUGAUGUUCAGAAGAUGCAAUGGGAGGUUUUGGAAGCUAAGAUUGGGAAUUGGAUUCAUUUCAUGCGGAUUGCUGUGAAAUUGCUGUUUGCUGGGGAAUGGAAAGUUUGCGAUCAAAUAUUCGAGGGCAUUAAUUCCCUCAGGGAUCAAUGUUUUGCUGAAGUUACUGCAGGCAGUGUUGCAGUGCUACUUAGUUUUGGAGAUGCGAUUGCCAAAAGCAAGAGAUCGCCAGAAAAGUUAUUUGUGCUUUUGGACAUGUAUGAGAUAAUGCGAGAACUUCACUCAGAGCUUGAAAUGCUUUUCAAAGGUAAAGCAUGCGACGAAAUUAGAGAGUCUGCAUUGGGUCUGACGAAGCGACUUGCUCAGACAGCCCAAGAGACCUUUGGUGAUUUUGAAGAAGCAGUUGAAAAAGAUGCAACUAAAACUGCUGUGUCAGAUGGAACCGUCCAUCCUUUGACAAGCUAUGUGAUCAAUUAUGUGAAGUUUCUAUUUGAGUAA